CACAAGUAGCAAAAUUUUUAAUUUAUUUUAUAUUUUAUCAACGCUUUUCCACCGAUACUCUCACGCCUUGACGAUAGUUUUGUGCUGCGCAGCCCUGACCGUACAUUUGAUAGUGUACCCGAACCCGGAAUCCAUAUGCUGAAACACUUUCUUUCCAGCUAAACGAUCCGAAGCACCUUUUUAAUCAAGGAACAAAAGCAACAGCUUUGCCAUCUGCUGAGGGGAAUACGAAUAAUCGCAUAAAGCAUUCCCAUUGAGUCCCACUUGUUGCCAGUUCACACAGAAUGUUGCUCUUGAUUGCAUUGCUGAUUUUUGAUGUUGCCCAAGCCACGGCCUUCCCAGUGCCCGUUCCUGUGGCAGAGCAAACCACCAAAUCGGCAAUUGUUUCCUAUAAAAAUUAUAAAGUUUUUCGGGUGGGAGUCAACACCAAAAGUCACUUUCAAGUGAUUGAAUUUCUGCUAUCCGAUCCCGAGAUGUAUAAUUUAUGGCGCAUGGGCAAGAACGAGGUGGACAUAAUGGUGCAUCCCAGAGUGUUGGAAGAAUUUCACAAGACAGUCACAAAGGAAACAUUUGAUGUGCAGUUGCUGGUGGACGAUGUGCAGAAACUCAUAGAUGCCGCGCGUGCAAAGCGAUCUCCUGCAAUUGGUUGAGUAAAUAAAACAAUCAGAAUACAUUUUCAUA